UUAACGAAAAUGUUGUGGCAACAACUAACACAAGUACGUUGUCGCUGGCUCGAUCGCUUACCAUUGAUUUUCUCAACAAUUUUGGUGUUUGUUAUAUAUAAUAUUAGUAAACCAGCUUCUAAUCAUGUAAUCAUAUUAAAGACAGAAACCAAAGAGUUUUCGACAAGUGAUCAGACAAGUGCCUUCAAAGAAACAUUCAGUUAUUCCCAAAAAAGUGCGUUUUCUCAUAAUGAGUUAUUUCGCUUCAAUCCUUUUCAGAAUUCACCUAAAUCAAACUUGAACGACGUUAUGAUGGCCUACACUUACAACAGUUUUGGCCUUGACGAGCUGAAGGAGCGGCCAAUGAAAACAAUAUUGUUUUGGAACGAGGCUUAUGGCUCUAAAGACUAUGGUAUAGGUUUCGGUCAACAAGGCUUUCAAAAAUUAAAUUGUCCCAUCACUGAUUGCUUUACGACUGACAACAGAUCUAUGUUGAAAACGGCGGCCGAAUUUGACGCCAUAGUAUUCCAUUUGCGUACUUUUAACAUCGAAGACUUGCCGCCUACCAGAGGCCAAAAUCAGCGCUGGAUAUUUUGGUCGUUGGAGUCGCCACAGUACAACAUGCAAGAUAUUUAUCCUUUGGAUGGCCUAUUCAAUUGGACGAUGACAUACCGGAGAGACUCUGAUGUAAUUCAGCCAUAUGGGUGGAUUCAACCGAUUGGCUCAAUUGGCCUUCAGCCGGAAGUGGAGGAAAUCAAUCGAGAAAUGGAAUUAGCUAUCAAGAGGAAAUCCAAGAAUAAAAAGACCAAAAUGGUUGCAUGGUUCGUUUCAAACUGCCAAUCUAAAAGUCAGCGUGAACAGUACGCAAAUGCCCUGGCAAAAUACGUGCAAGUGGACGUGUACGGAGACUGUGGGUCUAUGGCCUGUGAUCGAGACAAUGCAGCCAAUUGUUAUGAGAUGCUUGAGCAAGACUACAAAUUCUACCUGUCUUUUGAGAAUUCAUUUUGCGACGACUACGUAACAGAGAAGUUCUUUUCUGUGCUUCGUCUAGACGUUGUGCCGAUUGUUUUCGGUGGCGGGAAUUACUCUGCAAUUUCUCCUCCGUUUUCAUACAUCAAUGCCCAAGAUUUCGAGACAGCAGUACAACUCGCCGAUUAUCUUAAAAUGCUCGACUCCAACGACGACCUCUACAAUCAAUAUUUUUGGUGGAAGCCUCACUACCGAGUACGAAAUCAUAUUCAAGAUUUGAAGUUAUCAAUGUGCGGAUUGUGUUCGCGAUUGCAUUACGAUAGAGCUCUGAAGAUCUACGAUGAUAUGGAGAAAUGGUGGGUUCAAGACUCCCAUUGUCACACCCCAAGAAGUGAUAAUGUUUUUCAUAUUCCGUUUUGGAAAAAUUAGACAUUAGUUAUAAAAGUCAUAACACAAAAAAAAAAAAUCGAUUCAUUUUUCUGGGAGCGCAAGACGAAAAAUGAUAAAAAAGAAUUGUAAGCAACGCGGACCAGAAACACACAAGCGUUUGUGAAAUAUGUGUAACAAAUAUAUUCAUAAAAAUUUUUUAAUAAAUAAUAUUCACGAAAAGAC